CUUGAAUCAGGAAGUCGUUUGCUAAUGUUUUGAAGCGUGAAAAAACUUUCAAUAAAAAGCUCAUUUCGGGCGAAAAUGUCCGCGGAACCUCUCGCUAUUGGCGCAUUGACGUCGGAAAACGAUGAAAACUUAAUUCGAAACGUUUGGCUAUUGCGCAGUUUUGGCCUCGUUUCCACGAUGUGACAUGACCGAGGAGGAUUUACACCAAAAUCCCCAAUUCUGUAGACUCCUGGCCAGUCUUUCUCAUCAUGUGGAUAAAACUGGGCUCACUGCCUCAGUGAAAAAAGAGCUGGAAAAGGCUGAGCAGAACUUGAAGACACAGCGACGAAUCUGGCUGCAGUCCGAGGGCCUCCACAGAGCUCUACUGGAGAUGAUUCAGGACCACACUGCUAGGAAGGCACAUGCCGCAGUAACACCUGACGAGAACAUGUUUUACGAGACAAUGGAGAGGUGCCUUCUUGUAGCCAAGUGUGCGAAAUUGCUGGAUCCAAGCAACACGACGGAGAAGGAUAAGCCCUCCAUUCUGGGUUUGACCCCCCAACAAGUCAUGGAGCUCAUGCCUUCUGAGAAUAAUAUACAAAAAAUGAAAGCGACUCUACCUGGAGCCCUGGAGGAACACCUCAAGAAAAAAUGUUGCAGUUUUCUCUCCUACUAUGAACCGGAAUGGGAUGAUCAGAGCGAAUCUCUGAAGCUCAGCAAGUUUUCUCAUCUGCCGGCAAAACUUCAAGACGAUCAGAAAAAGGCUGCGGCUCUGGAGGAAAGCACCCGUGAAAAGAAAGUUCUCAUCCAAAGGGUGACAGAACAGUACCUCUCUGAGAUGACAAAGUGUGUCCAGAUCAUGCAGUCUUUCAUCUUGGAAAACCAUUUGAAGGUCCAGGCUGAUUUGGAUAAGAUGAAUUUAGACUAUCUUGAGGGCAAAUGUGAAUUAUCCUUGCAAAAGAUCAUGGCUGAGAUAGCUGCGAUUAGGCUGGAAACGUACACCCCUGACACCAUUUCUGCCCACAAAGAAAUAAGAAAACAUCUGGAGUCGGAGCUGAGCACCUACCGAGAGGAGAAACGGUCUAUGGAGUUGAAGUUGUCCUCCUUCGAGGUCUUGGGCAAGGAUUUUGAGGCCCUGGUUGAAGAGUAUGGCAAGAUACGAGAGGAAAUUGAACUGAAAAACUGGGCUAUAGAGGAAUUAUCCAAGUUCAAUGAAAAAUAAAGAUGGCACAAAUGGAAUGAUAACAUGUUUAAGACUUUCUAGAUUUUUGAAGAUGUUUGGAUAACAUUGUUAUUACGUGUUUUUAUGUAUUUACAUCGUAUUAUAGUGUCCUGGACAGAACAAUAAAGUGUGAAGUAUC